AUGAAUGAAAAAUGCAUGGCUUUGUCACAUCAGGCUGAAGAAUUAUGCUUUAUCUAGCUGAAUUUCACAUCUUUAUAACAUAAAAAGUUUAAAUUAAUGAAAUUUUAGGGUAUUUUUAAAAAAAUUAAUUCUGGUAGUUAUGAGCCUUAUUUAGAUAACGCAUUAAAUGACCUCAAUAUCAGUUUUUCAGAAAUCGACCACAAGCCUUUAAAACUCUUCGAAGACGAAAAAGCGCUGCCAGAAGUAACUGAACUGAGAUACACCCACUAUCAAAAAAAACGAAUUUCUAAGCUGAAAGACCUCGUCAAGCACAUCCACAAGCUAAUUUCAAGCUGCAGCCAAUCUGACCCUACAAAUAACAGCAUAAGCGACUAUGACACAGAAAUUUCCCCAUCUCGUGGCACAAGGUCACCUACUAAUUUAUCAGCAAUUCUAGAAAUCCACGAGCAAAGGCAUAAAAAUAUUUUUCUUAACCAGCAGAGAAGAAAAGAAGCAACGAAAAGGGCAAGUAAAUUGGCAGUUGACUUGCAAAAUGAAAUUUUUGAAAAACAGCAGAGAAAAGCUGAAAAAAUUAAAAUUUUGGAAAAUAAUCAUGCGGAAAUGGUAAAGAAAAGACAAAUAAUGAUAAAGGAAAAAAAUAUGUUGAAGAUGGAAAAAGCGAAAGAAAAUUUGGAAAAGGUCAGAGGGAAAGGAAUGACUUUGAGGAAGGAGAGGGUCUCCCUAAGCCCAACUAAUGAGGCUUGCUCAAGGACAAUGUCUUUUGUGAAUAAAUUAAGACCUGUUUUGGAUAAUGAAGUGCCUUAUAGAGAGAUUAAAGAGAAAUUGAGAUUUUUUGAUGAAAAAAUGGAUAGGGCUAAACAGAGGUAUAUAAAAUAUACACAAGAGAAAGCUGAACGCGGACAAAGAAGAAGCAUAACAGUUAUGAAAAUUCGAGAAAAUCUAAAAAAUAGAGAAAAAUCUUUAGAAGAAGACUUAAACUCCACCUUACUCAGGCUUAACCUAAGUCUAGAAAGAGGCAAAAAGCAUAGAGAUGACAUCCUAGAAAAAGGGGUGAGGCGGAAAAAACCCCGCUGGUUUUUUUUCCGCCAACUUUUUCACCGUUAAAUUUAUAGGAAAAUUUUGAAUUUUCUCCAGAUGGCGGAAAAAAACCCCAGCGAAAACAAAAAAACCGUCAAAGUCAGAGGAAAAAAAAACCCCAAAUGGUGCUAAAAACGGAGGAAAAAACCCCAAUAUACAAUAUAAUUAAAUGCUUAAAUGAUAGGCAAAUAUUAGAGAAAAUACAAAUAAAUAUUUAUAAUUUAGUUACAAUAAAUCAAUUAAAACAAUAUAAUAUAUAGAUGUAUAGAUUUAUUCUCAAAGUAACUAUAAAGCUAUGAUUAACAAAAAUAAUGGAAAAAAUAUAAAAAUCAACUAUAAAAAAAAAUUUACGAUCAAAACCUGGCGGAAAAAAACCCGAAACGGUGCAAAAACCAGAGGAAAAAACCCCGAGUAUGGGGUGAAAAUUGGCGGAAAAAAACCCCAAUUUUUUUUUAUACUAAUUUUUUUCAAAUAUUAUCAGUGAGGAUAGAUUUUAUAUAACGAUGAUCCCCCUCAAUCUUCAUGUCUAUUGCAACAAAAAUGCAAUUUUUUAAUAUAAAAUUUUUUUAUAUAGAAAAAAUAAUUUUCUUACUUCUUGCAACAAAUUUUCGAUGCGCAUCUUAAAUUUUUCCGUAUUUUUAGCAAGAUAAGUUUAAUAAAAAUGGCGAGCAAUGACAAUAGCCGUCAAAAUCUCGAUGAGAAAGUCAUUGAACGCCUAAAGCAGCGCUGUUUUAUGGUUUUUUUGAGAAACUCACCUAGAGAAAAUGCAUUAAAUUAUUUUUAUAAAAAUGUUGUGUUAAAUAGGCAUAAAGAUUUUUUCUAAAAAUUUUUGUUGCAAUAGACAUGAAUAUUGAGGGGUCAUCGUUAUGUUUGUGGAUUUAUAAAUAUUCAAUACAAUGGGUGAAGCGGAUACAAUUCAGCAUAUUUGCUCCAGUUUCAUUAAUCAGGUUAAGACUAAGUUAUAUGCUUCCUUUAUUAUGAGCUUUUCAGGAUAUGUCGAGGAUGAAUAAAAGGUGAGCUAGUAAUAUGCGCUGCAGGCGGGUACACGUUUUGCUAGUGCAGGAUUUGUCGAAGUGAAUGCAAGGUGAACUAGCAUAGCUCCUAUAUGUUAUUUUGAUCUCUGUAGAACAAUAUAUUUAAAGACCGAAAGUAGCUAUCUAAAAAUUCUUCUAGCAAUGGCAAAGACAUUUGUAUGGGCCAGUUCACGUUCGGCUUGGCAAAUACAAUCUAUAGAACAAGUUUGCCAAGCGAAAUCUGUACUUGCUAUAAAAAUAACAAUUGUCAUUGCCAAUUUUACUUGUAAGAUCGCUAUUUUACCUCUUAAGGUAUUCUUUCAUAGCGAUCUAUAUAGGAUAUAUCGCAGUUGGAUGCAGGAUGAUCUCUGCAGGAUGUGUAGCAGGCGAAUAAAAAAUAAGCAAGAGCAGGAUAUGCCAUAAGUGAAUACAAAAUGAGCUAGUGCAGUUUGUGUCGCAGGUGAAUACAAGAUGAGCUAGUACAUGAUGCAUCGAAAGUAAAUAUAUGGCUUAAGUAUUGGAUAGUAUUAAAGUAAUUUUUUCACCUUCUUGUGUUUAUUAUUCAAAUAACUUUUUAUAAUUAGAACGCUGAAUGAUCUAGCAAUAUAUAAAUAGCCCAUAGAUUGACAAACUAGAAUAAAAUAGCUUAAUAAUUAAUUAAUUAAUUAGCAGGUAAUAAGCAUUAAAAAUCUAUCCUCACUGAUAAUAUUUGAAAAAAAUUAGUAUAAAAAAAAAAAUUGGGGGUUUUUUCCGCCAAUUUUCACCCCAUACUCGGGGUUUUUUUUCCUCUGGUUUUUGCACCGUUUCGGGGUUUUUUCCGCCAGGUUUUGAUCGUAAAUUUUUUUUAUAGUUGAUUUUUAUAUUUUUCCAUUAUUUUUGUUAAUCAUAGCUUUAUAGUUACUUUGAGAAUAAAUCUAUACAUCUAUAUAUUAAUAUUGUUUUAAUUGAUUUAUUGUAACUAAAUUAUAAAUAUUUAUUUGUAUUUUCUCUAAUAUUUGCCUAUCAUUUUAAGCAUUUAAUUAUAUUGUAUAUUGGGGUUUUUUCCUCCGUUUUUUAGCACCAUUUGGGGUUUUUUUCCUCUGACUUUGACGGUUUUUGUUUUCGCUGGGGUUUUUUUUCCGCCAUCUGGAGAAAAUUCAAAAUUUUCUAUAAAUUUAACGGUGAAAAAGUUGGCGGAAAAAAACCCAGCGGGGUUUUUUCCGCCUCACCCUAGAAAAAGCAAAACAAAAAUUCACCUUUGAAAAGCUAAAAAAACAAAAAAUCGAAGAAGAAUUAAAAAAAUUAAAAGAACCCGAUCAGUCCAAUUUAUCAGAAAAAGAGCUAAAUCUCCAAAAAAGAAUGGAAGCCAGAAAAGCCAAGCUCCUCGCCAAACUCGAGCUUCAUAAAGAAAAAAAUAAACUUUUAUUCGACGAUGCAGCUGAAAAGCGAAAAAAACAAGAAAAAAUGGAAGAAGAAAAAUACCAAGAAAUUUUAGAAAAGCAAAAAAAAGAAUUAGAAGCUUUAAUAUUCCGGAAAAAAUUAUUAGAAAAUUUUGAUAAAAAAGCCCACGAAUUUGAUAAAAAGACCUACGAAUUAUCAAAAAUAUUUGACUUGGCAGCCCAUGUAACUCCAGAAAUCCCAGUAAUUAAUGAUAUUAUUUAA